AUGUCUGAACUUCCAACAUACGCCAAACAAAAAGAAUGGAAAGAUAUCCAAUCUUUCCUCCCUGAACGUCUACACUUCACACCCGAUCACUCUCCCACCGAGGAAGUAUGGCAUCACCGCGGCCACGCUCUCCAUCUCGACAGAUGGCGUAACCCCUCCGCCAGCGCCAGACUCAUAAUGCAUCACGGCAUGGGAACCAACGGACGCAUGAUGUCAAUGCUUCUCGGCGUACCCCUCCACAAAGCAGGUUUUGAACUCGUCGCUAUCGACAUGCUGGGCUAUGGCUGCACAGUUCCGAAAAAGGGCCAUGUUUGGGAUUUUGCGGAGUGGGUUAAUAUCGCGAGUGAGUUUGUGGACCAUGAGUAUGAGAAUGAUAAAAGACCUAUUGCGCUUUAUGGAUUGAGUGCUGGGGGUGGUUUGACGUUUCAUGUUGCCGGGAUGAAUGAGCGUGUUAGGGGGAUUGUGGGCAUGUGUUUCAUGGAUAUGAGGAUUCAGAGUGUUGCUGACGCUGCGUGUCGGAAUCUCUUCAUGAGUCGUAUCGGUGCGCCGAUGGGGAGAGUGAUGCACACUCUCGGUCUAGGAUGGAUGUCGAUGCCAAUGUACAUCACCGGCCGAAUGUCAACACUAGUCAACAAUCCCCAAGCUCUCGCAGCUUGUAUGCGCGAUAACAGCUCAGCAAACGCAUGGGUAUCGAUGAGCUUUUUAUCUUCGUUUACGACGUAUAAACCAGCUAAGGAACCGAAGGACUUUGAUACGUGUCCGAUUUUGUUGACGCAGCCUGCGGAGGACAGGUGGACGCCACUCUGGGUGUCGGAAGCUUUUUUGAAGGAUGUUGAUAAGGUCAAGGUCAAGACUGUUAUGUUGGAGGGGGCGGGACAUUAUCCGCUUGAGGAUCCUGGGUUGGGGCAGAUGGUUGAGGCGAUUGUUGCGUUUUUGAAGGAUAUUGAGCAAGAAGCGUGA